AUGAGCGAACUUUAAUUAAUUAGCCCGCUCUAUUAACAGGGUUCUGUUAUGAAAGAGUUAACAAUUGCUUCACUCCAGACUGCGAUGAGCUUUUUGCUGGAAUAUCUACCCAAUACGAUAUCAAUUUAUUUGCUAGAAUUCAAGGAGGAUUCUGUAAUAGUAGGGGCUUUGGGAUUGGGAAUUCUUACAACAUAAGCUUUCGGAAUGGGAAUUCUUAAUGGUCUUGCUACCGGCUUGGAAACCUUAGUAUCUCAAGCUUAUGGGGCAAAUCAUUACGAAUUAUGUGCAAAGUUGUAUUAUAGAUCGUUGUUUUUGUGCACAUUGUUUAUGAUUCCAAUUGCGCUCUUCUUGAUCUUUUCAACUCAAAUAAUAUCCUUUAUCAACAACAAUACAGAAUUAGCAGAAGAAACAGGACGUUUCAAUAGAUAUAUGAUUUUAGCAGUAUACUUAAAUGCGAUCUUUGUGAACACCAAGGUGUUUUUGAAUGGUUAAAACAUUUACAAAUAUCAAUUCUACACUCAACUAGUGACAUGUAGUCUGUUUGUUGGCAUAAGUUAUUUUUUCAUUGUGAAACAAGAGUUGGGAAUAGUGGGUUGUGCAUUAAGUUUGACCUCCUUAGAUCUGUUGAAUAACAUAAUUUUAUUUUCGUUAAUUUUCGUAACCAAAUGCAGUUAGGCUACUUUAUAUAAAUUUAAAUUGAGCUACUUAAAGAAUACAACUAAAUUUUUGAAGGAAGCAAUACCAAUAGGUUCAAUAUUAUGGUUGGAGUGGAUAAGCUUUGAUUUUUAUGUGAUUUUGGUGAGUUAUCUAAACACAUCAACAAUUAGUGCUCAUGUACUGAUGUCUAAUUUUGCAGGAUUCUUAUAUCAAUUUAGUUAUGGCAUUUCGAUAGCAUCGACGACAUUUGUGGGAAAUGAAAUGGGAAGAAAGAAGGUGGAUAUGGCUAAAAAGUAUACCAAGGCCACAUUUUUGAUUGAUGGAAUCUUCCUAUUGAUAAUAGUAGGGUUAUUCUCAAUUUUCGGAAAGAAAAUAGUUAAUUAAUUGAGUGAAGAUGAAGUAGUUGUAGAAGAAAUCUAUAAUUCAAUGUUUCUUAUGGUGGCAUUCAUUAUUUUAGAUGGUCUAUAAGCGAUCAUCUCAGGAUUAGUAAGAGCCAUAGGAAGAGAAGCCAGUGCUUCCAUUACAUUCAUAUUAUGCUAUUUAGUGUUUGGGGAAAUAAUAGGAUAUUUGCUUUGUUAUACUGCUGAGAUUGGACUUAAGGGAGUGUGGAUUGGCAUUGUGAUAGGAGCUUCGGCUUAUGAUGUUAUAUAAUUUUUGAAUUUAAUAUGGAAAGAUUGGAAUGAGUUGGCUGAGAUCAUUCUUGAUAAAUUAAUGCUUUUACAUUAACAAUAGAAUUUUGUACUUUAGGAUGAUGAAAUGUGA